AAACAAAGAAGAAGAAAACAGCUGUGCUAUACAUAUUAUCAGUGUGAAUAUAAAACCGUUUUUGCUUCUGAAAAAAUAUUUAUUAAUUUAUUGCAAAAGAAAAAUCAAAUAAAAUACAAUCAUGGAUCCAGCACUAUUGAGAGAACGCGAGGCAUUCAAAAAAAGGGCCAUGGCCACUCCCACUGUGGAGAAGAAGCCAAAAGCCGAGGCGCCACCACCCAGCCAGCCCAAAGAUGAUGCCAAGAAAAAGAUGCGUCCACCCAGUGCGCCUAAACUGGAUUCAAACACAUACAAAACUAUGUCUGGAAGUUCACAAUAUCGGUUUGGUGUAUUAGCAAAGAUUGUCAAACAUAUGCGUACUCGACAUCAGGAUGGCGAUGACCAUCCGUUGAACAUAGACGAAAUAUUGGACGAAACCAAUCAAUUAGAUAUUGGGCAAUCCGUUAAAAAUUGGUUAGCCUCCGAGGCACUCAUAAAUAACCCCAAAAUUGAAGCUACACCUGAUGGUCUACGUUUUAGUUUCAAACCAGUAUACAAAAUUAAAGAUGGCAAAAGUCUUUUGAGGCUACUUAAACAACAUGACUUGAAAGGCUUGGGCGGUAUACUGUUAGACGAUGUGCAGGAGUCAUUACCGCACUGUGAAAAAGUAUUAAAAAAUCGCGCUUCGGAGAUAAUAUUUAUAGUACGACCAAUUGAUAAAAAGAAAAUACUAUUCUACAAUGAUCGCACAGCUAAUUUUGUGGUGGAUGAAGAAUUCCAAAAGCUGUGGCGUUCAGCGACCGUAGAUGCCAUGGAUGACGCGAAAAUUGAUGAGUAUCUGGAAAAACAAGGUAUACGUUCAAUGCAAGAUCAUGGACCUAAGAAACCGGUGCCAAAACGUAAGAAGGCUGCAAGCAAGAAACGGCAAUUUAAGAAACCAAGAGAUAAUGAACAUUUGGCUGAUGUCUUGGAAACUUACGAAGACAAUACAUUAACACAAAAAGGCGUUAAUCCCACGUGAAACAAGAAUUUCGCAUUUAAUGUGUGUGUGUAAUAUUGUGAAUUUAUUGGAAUAUACUUUAAUAUGCCAGUUCAAAAUA